GUUGAGGAGAAAAUAAAGAGUGCCCCGGUGAACACUUAGCACCACUUCCAACAGGUGACUUUCUAUCGGUACACUGCUCUAUCCACCCAUCAGGACCACCAUGAGUUACAGCUACGCACACAGCAGCUCUUCCAGGGCUGGAAGUGGUCCUUCAUCUCGACUAUCUAGUGGAGUCUUUGGGUCAUCAAGUGUGCAUGGAGGUUAUUCUGGCCCUGGAAUCUCUCAUGCCUCCUCUAGGAUGGUGUCUUCUGGAUUUAGCGGUGGCUCUUCUUUCGGUGGUGCUGGCAGCUCUGGCUUUGGUGGCAGCCAUGCAGAUGGAGUUCUCUCUGGAAAUGAAAAGUACACUAUGCAAAACCUCAAUGACCGCCUGUCAAAUUACUUGGACAAGGUGAAGUGUUUGGAAGAGGCCAAUACAGAGCUGGAGCACAAGAUCCAUGACUGGUAUGAGAAGCAAGGGUCCGUCACUGUGCGCGAGCAAAACUAUUCUCCCUACUGGACAACAAUAGAAGAUCUGCGUGAAAAGAUUCACACUUCCACAGCUGAUAACCAUCAAAUCACGUUGGCAAUUGACAAUGCGCGCUUGGCUGCUGAUGAUUUUAAACUCAAGUAUGAGAAUGAGCAACACUUGCGAAUAGGAGUUGAAUCUGAUAUCCAGGGUUUGAGAAGGGUUUUGGAUGAAUUAACACUCUCCAGAUCAGACCUGGAGUUGCAGAUUGAGAAUCUGAAGGAAGAGUUGGCCUACCUGAAGAAGAAUCAUGAGGAGGAAAUGAGUGAGAAGGGCCAGCAGAUGAGUGGAACAGUGAGCGUGGAGAUGGACGCCGCUCCAGGAGCUGACCUAUGCAAGAUCUUGGGUGACAUGAGAGAACAGUAUGAAUACAUGGCUGAGAGAAACAGGAGGGAUGCAGAGGGAUGGUUCGUAUCCCAGAGUGAAUCCCUGCAGAAGGAGGUUGUGUCCAACACACAACAAGUCCAUUCCAGCAAAUCAGAGGUCACAGAGUUGAGACGCACCAUGCAGGGUUUGGAGAUUGAGCUGCAGUCACAGCACAGCACGAGAGCAGGGCUGGAGUCUUCCAUUUCUGAAACGGAGGGCCGUUACGGUGCUCAGCUCCGCCAUGUCCAAUCUGUCAUUGGUACCCUUGAAGAACAGCUGACCAAUCUACGAUCUGAUCUAGAACAUCAGAAUAUGGAGUACAAAACACUUCUCGAUAUCAAGGCUCAUCUGGAGGCCGAGAUUGCCACUUACCGUAAACUGCUGGAGGAACACGAUCAGAGCAUUGGAGCUUCUCAUAAGGAGAGUGCAGGGCCAAGUACAACCACUACUACCACUACAAAGGUCCACACUGUUGUGAAAGAAGAGACUUCUGCAGCUGACAAGAAGUGAACAAAGAUAAUAUAACAUCCGCUUCUCCGCUUACCCAAGUCUUGUAUUAUGAUCAGCCACUCAGAAGAACCCCUGCAGCAAAAUAAAUAGAAUCAGUUAUGCAGUUUCUUGAUUUUUGUUUUUUUAUUAUUACAUUCACCAGCUCUAUAAUGCAAAGUUGUACUCAAUAAAGAACCAUGCACCAUUUUCAAAGCUCA